AUGGCUCAAGCUAGUGCUCGUGUGCUUCAAAGCGGAAUGCGUCUGCCUCCAAUGCCCACGAUUCGAGAGCUAGUAAAGCUCUACAGACUGCAGGCCAGAAAACAGCUUAGUCAGAAUUUCCUCAUGGACGAACGGCUCACGGACAAAAUUGUCAAGUCGGCGGGCCGAAUAGAUCCCAGGGACUUGGUUCUGGAAGUGGGCCCUGGUCCCGGUGGCAUAACCAGAUCUAUUUUGCGCCGCCAGCCGCAGCGUCUGGUGCUCGUGGAGAAAGAUCAGCGUUUCGGAGAGACCCUACAGUUGCUCAAAGAAUGCGCCAGUCCGUUGAACAUUCAGUUCGACAUCCACUACGAUGAUAUCCUGCGCUUCAACAUCGAGCAGCACAUACCGGACACGGCGCAGAGAAUCCAUUUGAUUGGCAACCUGCCGUUCGCCAUCUCCACCCGGCUGCUGAUCAACUGGUUCGAAGAUUUGGCUGCAAGACGUGGAGCUUUUCGGCGCAUCGACACCUGUAUGACUCUAACCUUCCAAAAGGAGGUGGCAGAGAGGAUUUGUGCUCCAGUGGGAGGUGAACAGCGCUGCCGACUUUCCGUAAUGUCGCAAGUUUGGACGGAGCCCGUGAUGAAGUUCACCAUACCGGGCAAGGCAUUCGUUCCAAAGCCGCAAGUGGACGUGGGCGUCGUUAAGCUCAUCCCACUGAAGCGCCCCAAGACGCAGCUCCCCUUUCCUCUCGUUGAACGCGUGGUACGACACAUUUUUAGCAUGCGGCAGAAGUACUGUCGCCGCGGCUAUGGUACUCUGCUGCCUCCUGAAGAUCGAGAGGAAGUCACGCAAAAGCUCUUCCAGCGCGCCGAAGUGCAAGACACACUGCGUCCCUUUGAACUGUCUGUGGAUCAGUGCUUACGACUUGCGGAAGUUUACUCGGAGCACUUGGUGGCCCAUCCCGAGGUGGCUGCCUACGAUUACCGGGCGCCGAAAAACGUAGAAAUCCUCUAAAGCAACGAUUUCACUCCUGUUUAUAAAUGUGGUAAAAUGUAUUUAAUUAGUUGAUUAAACACAAGACUCUAAAAAGUU